CACGCUGCAGCUCGGCCCCUUUCCACGCAGCCUCACCCCUGCCCCGGGACUAAAGGGCGCCCGGAGACCUGAAUGGGCUCAGCCGGAGCCGGCGCGUUGCGGGACGGCCGCAGCCGCGGCAGGUGAAACCAUUGCCUCAUCUGUUCACGGAAGCAAUAGGCCCAUUGUCUCUGCCCUUUAAGCUGCACCAGCAAUGAAACAAUGAGAUCUGAGAGCGGAAGACUAUUUGCCAACUGACAUCACAAUUUCAAGUGAUUGUAUAAGCAGAACAGGCUGCAGCGGAUCUAUGUGGCAGUUGCUGUAGAGAGGGAAGGAAUGCUUUCUUUGGACGCUGUCUACUUAGACGCUGUUUCGGCAUAGCACAUUUAAAUCAUAGCUGUAGAUUUAAAUGUGAAAUCUGAAAUAAAAAAAUGAGUGAAGUCCCCAGAUUCUUUGUUGGGCCCGAGGAUUCAGAAAUAAACCCUGGAAGUUAUCGCCAUUUCUUCCAUCAUACAGAUGAAGAUGAUGAAGAAGAAGAUGAGUCCCCUCCAGAAAGGCAGAUUGUGGUUGGAAUAUGUUCCAUGGCAAAGAAAUCCAAAUCCAAGCCAAUGAAGGAAAUUCUUGAACGGAUCUCCUUAUUUAAAUAUAUCACAGUAGUGGUAUUUGAAGAGGAAGUUAUUUUAAAUGAACCAGUGGAAAACUGGCCUUUAUGUGAUUGUCUAAUUUCUUUCCAUUCGAAAGGAUUUCCCUUGGACAAAGCAGUUGCCUAUGCAAAACUCAGGAAUCCAUUUGUAAUCAAUGACUUGAAUAUGCAGUAUCUCAUACAAGAUAGGAGAGAAGUAUAUAGUAUUCUUCAAGCAGAAGGUAUUUUACUUCCUCGUUAUGCAAUUUUGAACCGUGAUCCAAAUAAUCCCAAAGAAUGCAAUCUGAUUGAAGGGGAAGAUCAUGUGGAAGUGAAUGGAGAAGUUUUCCAAAAGCCAUUUGUAGAAAAGCCAGUCAGCGCAGAAGAUCACAAUGUUUACAUUUACUACCCAACCUCUGCUGGUGGUGGAAGUCAGAGGCUUUUUCGAAAGAUUGGCAGUAGAAGUAGUGUUUAUUCUCCAGAAAGUAAUGUACGAAAAACAGGUUCCUAUAUAUAUGAAGAGUUUAUGCCUACAGAUGGUACUGAUGUCAAGGUUUAUACAGUUGGUCCAGAUUAUGCGCAUGCUGAAGCUCGAAAAUCUCCUGCACUUGACGGUAAGGUCGAGCGAGACAGCGAAGGAAAAGAAGUCAGAUACCCUGUUAUUCUCAAUGCACGGGAGAAAUUAAUUGCUUGGAAAGUUUGCCUUGCUUUUAAGCAAACAGUUUGUGGCUUUGAUUUGUUACGGGCCAAUGGACAAUCCUAUGUCUGUGAUGUUAAUGGCUUCAGUUUUGUGAAAAAUUCCAUGAAGUAUUAUGAUGAUUGUGCAAAAAUACUUGGCAACAUUGUGAUGCGAGAGCUUGCCCCACAGUUUCAUAUCCCCUGGUCAAUUCCUUUGGAAGCUGAAGAUAUCCCAAUUGUGCCAACCACAUCAGGAACUAUGAUGGAGCUUAGAUGUGUUAUAGCAGUCAUACGUCAUGGGGAUCGGACACCGAAGCAGAAAAUGAAAAUGGAAGUGAGGCAUCAAAAAUUCUUUGAUCUUUUUGAAAAGUGUGAUGGAUAUAAAUCUGGAAAAUUAAAACUCAAAAAACCCAAACAGUUACAGGCAAUGCUGGAUAUUGCACGCCAACUUCUUAUGGAACUUGGACAAAAUAAUGAUUCUGAGAUUGAAGAAAACAAGUCAAAACUUGAACAGCUUAAGACUGUGUUAGAGAUGUAUGGCCAUUUUUCUGGAAUAAAUCGUAAGGUCCAGUUAACUUAUCUCCCUCACGGUUGUCCUAAAACAUCCAGUGAAGAGGAGGACAGCCGGAGAGAAGAACCGUCCUUACUGUUGGUUCUGAAGUGGGGAGGUGAGCUGACCCCUGCAGGCCGGGUGCAGGCGGAGGAGCUGGGGAGAGCGUUCAGGUGCAUGUACCCUGGAGGCCAAGGAGAUUAUGCAGGAUUUCCUGGUUGUGGUUUACUUAGGUUACACAGCACUUACCGGCAUGACCUUAAAAUCUACGCCUCUGACGAGGGACGCGUCCAGAUGACUGCAGCUGCCUUCGCCAAGGGGCUCCUGGCACUUGAAGGCGAGCUGACGCCCAUCCUUGUCCAGAUGGUCAAGAGUGCCAACAUGAAUGGCCUCUUGGACAGUGACAGUGACUCGCUGAGCAGCUGUCAGCAGCGAGUGAAGGCGCGGCUUCAUGAAAUCCUGCAGAAAGACAGGGAUUUCAGUGCUGAAGACUACGAGAAGCUUACUCCUUCUGGAAGCAUUUCCCUUAUAAAAUCGAUGCAUUUGAUUAAGAACCCCGUGGAGACCUGUGACAAAGUUUAUUCUCUCAUACAAAGUUUGACAUCUCAGAUCAGACAUCGGAUGGAAGACCCUAAAUCCUCAGAUAUUCAGCUUUACCAUAGUGAAACAUUAGAGCUUAUGCUACGCAGAUGGUCCAAGUUGGAGAAGGAUUUUAAAACAAAGAAUGGAAGAUAUGACAUCAGCAAAAUCCCUGAUAUAUAUGAUUGUAUAAAAUACGAUGUUCAACAUAAUAGUUCUUUGAAAUUAGAAAACACAAUGGAAUUAUAUAGGCUUUCCAAAGCCCUGGCAGAUAUUGUUAUUCCUCAGGAAUAUGGUAUAACUAAAGCUGAAAAACUGGAGAUUGCCAAGGGCUACUGUACUCCUCUAGUUAGAAAAAUCCGCUCAGACCUUCAAAGGACACAAGAUGAUGAUACUGUAAAUAAGCUCCAUCCUGUGUAUUCCAGAGGUGUUCUCUCUCCCGAACGUCAUGUCCGCACCAGAUUAUACUUCACCAGUGAAAGCCAUGUACAUUCUUUGUUAUCCAUUCUUCGCUAUGGUGCCUUAUGUAAUGAAUCAAAGGAUGAACAGUGGAAACGAGCUAUGGAUUAUUUAAAUGUUGUCAAUGAACUGAACUACAUGACUCAGAUUGUUAUCAUGCUUUAUGAGGAUCCUAACAAGGAUCUUUCAUCUGAGGAACGCUUCCAUGUUGAAUUACACUUUAGCCCCGGAGCCAAAGGAUGUGAAGAAGACAAAAAUUUACCAUCUGGCUAUGGAUACAGACCCGCCUCAAGAGAGAAUGAAGGCAGAAGAUCUUUUAAAACUGAUGAUGAUGAACCACAUUCUUCUAAAAAAGAUGAGCCUGACCGAGCUAUGAUAUUAUUCAAACCCCUGGUAUCAGAACCAAUUCAUAUCCAUAGGAAAUCUCCACUUCCCAGGUCUAGGAAGAUGGCCACAAACGAAGUAAAUUAUUCAAGUAAAACCUUGAAGACUUUUUCCAGCGUCCACCAUCUCCAGGGAGAUCAGAAGUUUGUACUUCCAAAAGACACACAGAGAAAAAGACUAUUCUCUUCAUUUUGUGCAAAGAGCCCCCUGAGCGUGUCUAGCCCAGAGGGCACUGGUGCCUGGCUGCCUUAUACCAGUGGUGUGGGUACUGGGCGUCGGAGACGCAGAUCAGGGGAACAAAUCACUUCUUCCCCUGUCUCCCCCAAAUCAUUGGCUUUCACAUCCAGUAUUUUUGGCUCAUGGCAACAGGUUGUCUCUGAAAAUGCUAAUUAUCUUCGAACACCAAGAACUCUUGUGGAACAGAAGCAGAACCCUACCGUAGGGCCUCACUGCGCGAGCCUGUUUAGCAGCUCAGUGCUCGGGGCUUCUUCAAGCGCACCUAACCUACAAGAUUAUGCUCGUGCACAUCGUAAAAAGCUGACCGCUGCUGGCUGCAUAGAUGACGCCACACGCGGUUCUGCUGUUAAAAGGUUUUCUAUCUCAUUUGCUCGACACCCAACCAAUGGUUUUGAAUUAUAUUCCAUGGUACCGUCUAUUUGCCCUCUGGAAACUCUUCACAAUGCCCUGUCCUUAAAGCAGGUGGAUGAAUUUCUCGCUUCUAUUGCCUGUCCAUCAAAUGAAGUUCUACAGAAGACUCCUGAAAUUUCCUCUCCAGCGUCACGUAUCAGUCCAGUAAUGCGGAGGAAGGUCUCUUUAAAUACAUACACACCUGCAAAGGUCCUUCCAACUCCGUCCAGCACAUUAAAGGGCCCUAAGGCAAGCAGCAAACCAGCUACCAGUGGACCUUCCAAUACAGUUAUUCCUAAUACCUCAGCUCGGAAAAAAAGUUCAACUAGCAAAGCAGAAGUGCAUGAACACAAAAAGACAACUGUGAAAAAGAAGUGACGUCUUAAUAGAAGAUGAAACUCCUUAUGCCUACAUAAAGCUCACUCACACUCAAUAGAAAAAGACAUGUAAUAAACCUUAACUGCAAACUAUCAAUGCAAGCAAUUCGUUUCUCCCUGUGUACAUCUCUGUAUUCAUCAAAGGUGUGUUAACUCGAGAGAAUUCUUUUUAGAUAAAGGAACUUUAACUCACAGUCUGGAAAUAUGUAAAACAGUGUUUACUAUAAGCGUUUUAUGAAGAGCAAAAUAUGUGGUGUUAACGAUCUGUCUUUCUUAACCCGUUUACCAUGUGCCUGUAAUAAAGACAAAUAAUAAGGCCACUUAGCUUAUGUUAGUGUCUCACCAGUAAUGCUAUUUACUGAAGGAUGUGUGAGGUGGCCUUUGGAAACUUCCAGUUUUGCAGGAUUUCAUCUUGGGUAUAAAAAUCUGUAGGUUAGGUUAAAAUUGGAUGGCCAGGAUUUGUAUUGAGAACUUUUGUUGAAAUCUAUUUCCAAAGAUAUCUCAUUGACCAUUUAGAUUAUAAACUUUGUCUCCCUGGUUGUUAUAUAUAUGCUGCAAUAUUUAAUAACUGGAAUAUUAGCAUAUGGCUUAUUUUUUUUAUGUCUCUUUUGAAAUUUUUGAUUUUGUUAUUUAAAAUAUUGCCUAUACAAGUGGGUUACUGUAUCUUUAUGCACAUAAAUUUGUAUAUUAAUUUGUAGAAAAUACUUUUUGAAAUAUAUUUCCUUAUUAUAAGGUGCUUUGGUUCAUCAGGAAAAAAUUGCUUCAUUUAUUAGUAAGAAAGAUACUUUCAGAGUUUCUUUUUUAAGAGCUAUAGUUGACAGGUUUGUAAGUGUUGCACACUUUUUUUCGGAGUUGUUUUUAGAUCUGAGGAACUCGGUUCACAAGAGGAAAUUAUCAAUGUGAGAAGAAUAUUUGAAUUCUAUAAUUAGUAGAUACUGUGUUUAGCAUCUGUUUUUGCUGUUUCCAUUCAUACAUAUACUCAGUUGUAUCAGUUGAUCUCACUUAGAAGGCUUAUAAGUUUGGCAUUUGAAAUAAAUGCAUGUUCCAAGAGAUUGAUUUUGAAAGAAAACUGAGAUUCAUGUUAUGAUUUCAUCUGUGAUGUGAAAGAUAUUUAUUUUGUUGGUGCUUUUCCCCCCCUGAUGCUCAAAUAAUUAUGGACCACAUGAAAUGACUUAAACUGAAAACCAAACUGUUCAAACUCCUAAGAAUUCUGUGCAAUGCCGGUGAGAAAUUUAAAUUGCUAAAGAUUUAGCUUAAAGCAUAUGUUUAGAAAAAUUAGUUAAUUCUCAUAGGACUAUAAUUAUUAAAGUUCUUCAGGAGCCUCUCCUAAUAACAAAUCAUAUCUAAACUAACUUUGAUAAACAUGUUACAUGUUAGUUUUAAUAGAUACUAGAUGUAAAAGUCGCAAAUAAAUAGUUGCAGAGUUAUACAAGCUUCACAUGGAUGUAAGUGUAUAUGGAGAUAUUUUUUGUCAGCAGUUGAAUGUACCUAAGCUUUCUGUGUGUGAGAAUGUCAAUGGUUCAUUGUAGGACUAAGGAAACUACUUGUAUUUUUUGUGAAACUGAAUUAAAAUAUUUUAUUUCCAGAAUCAG